AUGAGUUCUAAAUUUGCCAAUCGCAGAAAGCCCCGCAAGAUUAGCGGGGAUGAUGAGGAGGAUGAUGAAGGCGCUGCCCCAGAGCCAGUCGUUAAACGCCCAGCUGCCUUCAAGCCGAAGCAAAAAUCUAAAUUGCAGUUAUCCUUUGGCCCCGAGACCUCAAUGACCGACAGAGACCAGGAGAGCGAAGUAGUCCUACCGAAACGGCACGGUCUAGGGCGCAAGGCAGUGGAAAGGAGCGCCGGUCAAAUUCCUUCAGUAUCUGGAAGUAUUUCCGCGCGGGUCGGUCAGGACCAAGACCGGCCUACCUAUAGCCAUGACUAUUUGAAGCAACUUCGCGAUUCCACACCCUCAACACCGAAGACAACUACUGACGACGAAAGCAACAACGCUGUGGACGUUGCAGCUAAAUUUGGAGAGCUUAUGACUGUUUCGGGACCGUCACACAUCCCCAGCGAAGCCGAGAUCCGGGAGAAAAAGGCACGACGCGCACGCCUGGCUAUGGAGCACGGUGCGGGGGAGGACGAGUUCAUUUCAUUAGACGUCAACAAUCCCGCCAGCGGUGAUGACUGGGAUGUAGUUCCACGAGGAGAUAAGGAAGUCGAAGAAAAUACAAGGCUGGUUCGGGACGAUGAGGACUUUGCGGAAGGAUUCGAGGAGUUCUUCACGGAGGAUGGCAAGAUGGCGCUCGGGCGAAAGGCAGAGCGUGAGAAGAAGCGGAAGGACCGCGAAGCAAUGCGUGACCUCAUUGAAGAUGCCGAAGGUAUCUCCGACGAAGACGAUUCUGACUUGGAGGAAAAGGCUGCCUAUGAAGCCGCUCAGGUUCAUGCAGCCAUGGGUCAUGGCAACUCAGGCGAUAUUGAUCGUCCGAAGACUCCCCCCAAGGUGACAACUCUUCCACGGCUGGCUAGCAGUUUUGAAAGAUUGCGCACGUCUCUAGCAUCCAUGGAAGUCUCGAAAACACAGAUGAUCAGCCGGAUGGAGGAAUUGAGAAAGGAGAAGGCAGAUAUCGCAAAUCGUGAGGUGGAGAUUCAGGCGAUGAUCAAAGAAGCUGGCGACAACUAUGAGCGACUCAAGAAGGAAGCUGGUGUUGAUCCCAAUGCAAAGCUCGACGCUUCCAAUGGAGCUCUAGAAAAGUCCCGAGGAUUGGAAAGCAUCGGUGCUCCUGUGCCUGUCCCGACAAGGGAUUCCCCAAUGUCGCAUUCCUCGGAUUCCAGCUUCGAGGAUUCUUCAUAA